UAAUAUAGUUGCUUUGAUUUAAGUCGUCAAUAACGGAAGUGUUAUCAAUUUUACUGUGCAGUGAUUUUUAAUUAAUGUUAUUGUCUAUGUGAGUUGUGAAAUAUAAAAUAUUAUGUUUAAAUCAAAUAGAUAAUAAAAUAAUUAAAUCCUUUGAUUAAAUCCUAAAUAAAUCAUGCUGCGGUACGCCGAUGGCAGUGAAAAGAACCGAUUGGAAGACAUUAGUCUUGACGAGGACAAAAAGGUGGGGCUGCGGCACAGAAUACUCCUGAACAGGCCUGCAAAAGUUAUAUUCGCCUUGGCUUUAACUUCAGUGUUAUCGCCAAUAUUGCUGUACCAUUACGUGCUAUCGUCAACGCGAGAAAGCCGGCCUUCUGACAGCUACUCUGUCGGCUCAUGCCUCAUCCCCCGCACCUCACGACUGCCCUGCGGCAAAGGUGACGUCACUCCCGACCAAUGCCACCCUCAGUGCUGUUACGACCUCGCCAACCAUGUCUGCUUCCACCGCCUUCCGUCCAGAUUCUCCUACAUCCUUAACUACGACUGGUCCGAAAACCUGAACCUUCAGCCGAGGAUACCGACGGAACCCUUCGCCAACCAGCCGAGUUACACCGACGUCCGACUGUCGAUCGAUGAGGUGUCUCCCUCACACAUGACCAUGGCGUUCUACAACGCAAAGGAUAGAAACACCACGGGAAACAGACUCAACGAGACGUUAUACUCUUACAAGGUUUCUUCCCCAGAGUUGAACAUAGUCGUGCAAGCGCCUCAAGGGAUCAUCUUCAACACACACUACGGUCCUCUAAUAGCUUCAGACAAUAUUUGGGAGGUUUCCUUCAAACUGACAGAUGAAGUCAUGUUCGGUCUGGGGGAGAUACCGCUGGAGAAGGGUACUGUGAAAGUCCUGUACAACAACAAAGAAGAUGGCUGCUCAAUUCCUCUGAUCUACGCUAAACUGAACGGUUCUUACCACGGGCUACUGUUUGAUAUGGAGACGGCUACUGAGGUGCAAGUGAGGGAGGACAAUCAGGUAGUGGUGAGGAGCGUGACUCGUUCAGGUCUGAAGUUCCACCUGUUUGUGGGCCCAGAGCCGCGUCUCGUGCUGCAGGAUGUCUUGGCUGUGAUUGGUCGGCCGCAGAGCCAGCCGUAUUGGAUGCUCGGGGCGCAUGUCUGUUCCAGUGACCCGACGCAAACGAUGGAAGACGCGUUGGAGAGCUUGAAAACGUUUGUAUCUUCCGCCCAAACGGCCAAGGUCCCGUACGACAGCCACUGUGGGACCACUCCCAUUGUUCUCAACAAGGAUGGGUCCAACACCGCGGUACAGACGGGCAUCACUACCUUGAAGAACCAAAACAAAAGAUACUUGCCUCAUGUGUCGCCUUUUAUCCGGUACCAUGUUUGCGAAAAUUCCACUGAAAAUGAAAACAGCACGAUGACAGAAGGCUAUUCAACCGACACAGACAUUGAGUGCGAAACCAAUGAUGAAGUGGACAUUUAUGCCAAUAGUUUACUCCAGGAUAAUUCCACGAAUCCCUACAUUGGUAAAUUCGGCGACCUUCAUGUGGUUUACCCCGAUUAUGAAGCUGAAAACUCUACAGAACUUCUUAAGACCUUUUGGUCCACUAUAGGAACUUAUGAUGGGGUAAUAUUGGAAAACAGCUGGCCUCAAGAUGACUAUUAUGACAAAGAAAUGAUGGGUGAAACUUAUGAGAUUCUACCGUAUUUCACUAAGUAUUUUGAAAAAGCAUUCAACCAUACGCCGCAAUGGAACGCGAUCCGGCCAGGCGGCGCCUUCCAUAUGUACUCUCACAACAUCUACAGUAACCACUUCCUCUCCACCGUCCAAGAACUCGGCACCACCCCUGUCUUCACCAGCAGCCAAUGGAUGAACGGCAAUGCCACUGUCAACCGCCAAAACGUACCUACUUCCUGGGCAAGCCUCCACCGAGAGCUAAAAGCUGUUGCCUUAAACGGUAUAUCUGGUCUAAGAUACACGAACACACCUAUUUGUGGAGAUACCGAUAACUAUAACCCUGAACUGCAGACCAUGCUGUGUGUCAAGUGGUACCAGGCUGCUACCUACCUGCCUCUCAUCAAGAUCCAUUCGCACAGAUCGGCUCGGGACCCCUUAGCGUUCACUGGAAGCUACAGGAAGUAUGUUCUGGAAGCAUUGAACAGACGACAGAGUUUGCUUCCGUAUUUCUACACGGUGUUGCAAGGAGGUCCGCUGCUCAGGCCGAUGUUCUACCAGUUCCCCAAAGAGGCGGAAUUAGAAAGUCUGAGCUCGCAGUAUAGCGUUGGGGACAGUUUGCUGAUAGUGCCGAAUCUGCUGCCCAAGCAGGCCAGUGUGCUGGUGUGGAUGCCUCCAGGGACGUGGUAUGAGAUGUGGGGAGGCCUGAGGGUGACUACCGCUGAAGUAGAGACCAUCACCAUGACCACCACUGAUGAGGACUUCCUGGUCUUUGUAAGGGGUGGCUCGAUCAUAUUUAUGCAAAAAGACACCCAACUGACAUCCGAGGAUACCCGGAAGAGGUCAAGCUACGAACUCUUGAUUGCCUUAGAAUGCUUGAAUAGUACAAUUUCUAAUUCUACCAAAACCGAACAACUUAACUGCUCAGCUACAGGAGAUCUCUUCGUAACCUCUCAUUUGACAAUCCACGCGACAGCUGAUGAAGAAAACGUCACUUUCACGCACACAGGAUACGGGUUCGAAUCCCUGUGCGGAAGUGCUGCGGUAACUGUUGAUUAUAUCCCGAAAAUAACGCUUUAUGGACCGAAAAAUAGGGUCGUUUAUAGAGACGUCAACCUUUGCCAACUUCAAACUCCGGUGGGAGGCGAUAAUAGUUUCACAGUUACACUGGUCGAUUAAACUUUGAUACCCUAUCGUAUUGUACAUAGUACCUACCUGCCUUUAUAUGGAAUAAAAUUGUAUUAAGCAUU